AUGCUUUCUGAAAUGAAAGGCAGUGCCUUCGUUGCCACCAACGAGGCGUGGAAGGCUGCGCGUGAUGCGUAUAUCAAUUCGACCUCACCCGACCCGUCGGUCAAGGAGGCUCUGAGCACCGUCGUCGACACGAAAGCUAACGAAACCGCUCUGCUGGCCAUGUCGCAAGGCGCAUGGAACGUGCUUUAUCACUUGGCGCAUUACCACCUGGCUAUAGAGGAGGUCAACAGCACCUUUAUCAAGAAAAAUUUGACCGCAAACACGUACUACAGGCUCACGAGCCACAAGCCAGAGCCCAUCUUCCUCUAUUACAACAACGUCACCGGUGCAAUCACGGUGACAGGCAAGAAACCGGCCGGCGUCAACGCGCUGGCUAUUCCCUCCAGCGGCAACGCACACACCUCUCAUGCUGAGAUUUUUGCCGUUGCAGCCCCCACUCCUGCACUCGUCCCUCCCGCUCCCGCACCUGCGAACGCCUAUGGAAGUGACGCUGCGGUGGGCAAGGUUGUGACUGCUGACAUUGUCGCUGAGCACGGAUACGCCAUCCACGCCGUCGACGCUUUACUUUUCCCCACCAACAUGAGUGUCCUCUUCACCAACGCUAACAAGCCAAAGUCUG